GCCAGUGUAACCAGACCGCAACAGCUGGAGCUCAGUUUAAAUAUAAGGAUACACAUAGGUCGAACAAUAGGCAUUACACAUGCUCGAUUGCUUGAAUUUUCGUAUAUAAGAACAUAACACUUAUUAACAGAAGGUGUCUUUACACGGUAGACAUGGCCACUCUGUCUCUUGCUGUGGUCCUCUCGGUGUUCGCAUUUCUCGAAGUGAGCCAUGCUGAACCUGCGACAUUGCGAGCCGAUGGAGCCGAUUCAGGACUCAGGGGGUCAGAUUCUGCCUGGCGAGGUCCCUGGUCACCUCAAAAACGAUGCUGGAGACCAAACGAGGUGUUCAAGAAGUGCGUCAGCAGCAGUUGUGCUGAGAUGAAGUGCGGAAUGAAGAGUGCCCCGUUUAUAUGCACCGCUGAUUGCCAAAGUGGCUGUUUCUGCAGAGAUGGGUAUUACAGGAAUCGAUGGGGCCAGUGCGUGACGGCAUGGCAGUGCAAGGCUUAUUACCCAUGGAAUCCAUGGAAUCCGUGGACACCCUGGAACCCAUAUUUUCCAGGUUUUACAACACGCCCCACCACAUACCCUGAAAUCUACGGCCCAGGAGCGUAUGGCCUCGGGAGUCCGCAAUGGCUGUGAAAAGAACGUAGCACCAUCAGUGUUAUGUCGCUCAAAUAUUUUACUGGUGCAUAAUAUAUUAAAGAUCUAUGAUCAGUUCACUGCA